CUUUUCUGGGCGAUAUUCAUGAAUCAUUCUGGUGUACGUACGCUCCGACAUCUUUCAUGAAUUCCAAAAGAACACAACCUCGGCGCAGUGGUCCAUCCGGUAGCUUGAAAGGUGAUUGAUACAUUUGAAGGCGAAAGUACUGGAGCUAUAGCCAUUUGUACCGACCUUGUUGAACCCCCUUCAGGAUGCCCGCCCAGCGACCCCGAGCGGCUUUUGAGCCACUUUCUCCAGACUUGGACCUCACAGCACUCGUGAACUCGACACCAAACUUCGAGGAAGUUGCCAGGAUUCACUGCGAUAUGAUUGAUGAGAAUGGGCUGGAGAUAUUCGAGAAGCUUGUGUUGCUCCAUGUGGUUCGGGGUGGAAAGCCUUUGGUAGUCGAGGGCUUCAACCACCGGCUCAAUAACUCGAUCUUCUCGGAGAAAUGGCUAAGAACUCACUAUUCAUCGAAAACGGAAUGUGCUCGGAAUUUGACCACAAAAACUGAUUUACCUCUUACUAUUGGACAUUACCUGAAAAACUUGCCCCUUCUAGCAAAUCAGUGGACUUCCUAUAACUACAAAGAUCCUGACCGCCAGAGGAUCUACCUCAAAGACAUUGACUGUCCUCAUCAAUGGCGCGAGCAAUUAAAAAAAAUAAUCCCCCCCGGAUUGUUCUACUUGAACCAGUUUCAGGAAAGCUUUGACGGCCCGGGAGCGAAGAGAAGUACAUCUUCCAACAAAAAUAAAAAGUCUACGGGCUCAAAUAACCCGAUAGCCAGACCUGGGGAUCUUAUGAGUUGCCUCCCUCCAAGCAUGCGUGCAGAAAACCUGAUGUGCUACAUCGGCCACGAGGGUACCUAUACACCAGCUCAUCAGGAAAUGUGUGCUAGCUUGGGCCAGAAUAUCAUGGUGGAGGCGUCGGAUGGUUCCACUGAAUAUGGCAAAGAAACGAAGCCGGGGUCGUCUAUUUGGUUUAUGACCGAGAGCAAAGAUCGCCGUGUAGUCUCGGAAUAUUGGAUGUCAACACUAGGACAUGAUAUCGAUAUUGAGGAUCAUUUUGCGCAGAUAAAUGCGUGGAAGGCAGCGCCCUUCAAAACUUAUGUUGUCGAGCAACGACCGGGCGACUUCAUCCUCGUACCCCCCCUAGCAGCACACCAAGUGUGGAAUCGAGGAACACGGACAAUGAAAGUCGCUUGGAAUCGUACAACUCCGGAAACCCUGGAGAAAGCGCUCACUGAGGCUCUUCCUCACGCCAGGAUGGUUUGCCGAGACGAACAGUACAAGAACAAGGCGAUAGUGUUCUAUUCAUUGGAGCAUUACUCGGCCAUCCUCCGCAAGGCAGAUACAGUUGACAGUGGUGAUUCAACAGUUAAGCAAAUAAUCAAAGAUUUCGAGCACCUUUUCGGCCUCUUCACUGACAUCAUCUUGUCCGAGAGCUUUUCGGACCAACUACCCGAAGAGGAUGUUGAAUAUGUUGCCUUUGACAGCAACAUUACAUGUUCAUACUGCCGGGGUAAUAUUUUCAACAGGUUCCUAACUUGCCCGUCUUGUGUGGGACCAACAAAUACAGACGAAGAAGACACUUAUGAUAUUUGCAUGGAAUGCUAUGCGAUGGGCAGGAGCUGUGCUUGCAUAGCUAAGCUCAAAUGGGUUGAGCAGUUCCCUUGGGAUGAGCUUCAAGCCAAAUACGAGACCUGGAGGCUGCAGAUACUCGACAUCAACUCUCAAUCACGAGACACAUUAGUGAGUCUCCCAGCGCAGAGGAGCCGGCUGGAGAAGAGAACACUUGCAGAGGUUUGCCAGUUGGAACUCAGACGGCGGCCGUGGGUCGACAUAAGUAAGCCGACUGUUCAGUCAGAACGGCUUGAAGAGCUGGAAAGUGAUUCGGAGCGACUUAAUUCCGCGCGCAAACGGAGGAAAACUCGUCGAGUUGACACAUUUCAGCAGACUGGAAAUUGCCAUAUCUGCAGGUAUGCCGAGCCAAGGUGGAAGCUUGCCUCGUGUUCUAGCUGCCGGACGAACUACUGUUAUGGCAGCUUGUUUAGGGCUUUCAAUAUAAAGCCGCAGGAGACGAUGGAAGCAUUCGAGUGGAAGUGCCCAAAGUGCCGCAAGAUUUGUAGUUGUGCUGCAUGUCGUCGCGAUCCCACGAUGACGCCCUUUGAGCCGACAUGCACAUUAUUGGGCCACGACACCCGAAAGAUAGCCGACCCUCGAAGCGUGGAGAGCUUAGUGGAUUUCCGACAAUCCAACCUCAGGUGGUUGAAGAAGGCCGGCGAUGAUGAGGUCAAACGGCUGAAAAAGCACCAGAAAGAAGCUGACGACAAGCGUAACCAGUCAAUGGUCGAGCAUAGCAUUCAGCUCGAGGAGGUGCCUCCAGUAACAGAGUAUGCGCCUGACUAUGGUGAUAUACCGGUAGAUCCGGCCCUGGAAAGGCUUGACAGCUCGUUUAUAAGUGCACCUGACCACUCUGGCCCGUGACAAGCUUCAGGGCGCUGCAGCAGUGUCCUGUGUCGCUAUAGCUCUAUGCAUGUGGGGCGUUAUACUUCUUUUUCUCUUCAUCUCAUAUUUCCGCAUAUAGCGAGCAGGCUUAUCUUGGCAUUGUAUCAGCGGAAGAAUUCAGGAUCGAGCUUGAUAUCUUGCAUUAGCCUCAUCAUUAUGAUUUGUAGACCCACUAACAUGCUCGUUGAAAUAGCGAACUCAUGAGCAUGUAACUGUCG